AUUGUUCAAGGUGUUAGAGAAGAUAUGAUUUCCGGAACUCCUGAAGAAUAUAAGAAUCUUUAUAGCAAAUGCUGGGAUGCAGAUCAACAUAAACGACCAGAUAUUGAAUAUGUGCACAAAUUUUUGGAAGGAAUGACUAAAAUCUUGCCAAAUGGUUACUUUACAGUUACUAAUUCUGAAGAUGACAAUAACUCAAUAACUGAACAAACACAAUCGAUCGAAAAAUUCUACG